UAACACAGACCACGAUGUACUCGAUGGUGGUGUUGUUUUCCGUGGUGGCGCUCACCGCUGCCAAACCUUCAGGACUUCACGCAUACUCCUCGCCAGUCUUCACUUCAGGCGUCGCGUCCUCGGGAUUCACUAGUGAAUCGCGAGUUGAUAUCAAAUCGUCGCCUGGAUUCGUGGCAACUGCUGCCGUAGCUCCGAUCGCACGCGUCGCGGCUCCUAUUGUCGCCGCACCUCUCGCAUACGCCGCUCCCGCCGCGAUUGCCGCCCCUGCCGCCUUCUCCCACCAGUCACGCAUUGACAUCAAGUCAUCCCCCGCCGUAGUUGCGACUGCUGCCGUCGCCCCUGUAGCUCGCAUCGCUCAACCGGCCGUGGUCGCUGCGCCAGCUGUGUACGCCGCCCCCGCCGCCAUCGCCGCGCCGGCCCCCACAUCCUACCAGUCCCGCAUCGAUAUCAAGUCAUCCCCCGCUGUGGUUGCCACCGCCGCCAUCGCCCCCGUUGCCCGCAUUGCAACCCCCGCCGUCGUUGCCGCCCCUGCUGCAUAUGCCGCCCCUGCCAUCUCAUACAGCGGCCCUUCCUCCGCCGUCUCGAGCCAGUCCCGUGUAGACAUCAAGUCAUCUCCAGCUGUGGUCAGCACCACCUACACCGCUGCCGCGCCUGCCGUAUAUGCCGCUCCGGCCGCAAUCGCUGCCCCUGCUGCGUAUACCGCCCCCGCCGCGUAUGCCGCCCCCGCUGCCGCAAUUGCUGCCCCUGCUGCGUAUGCCGCCCCCGCUGCCGCCAUCACCAGUCAAUCCCGCGUAGACAUCAAGUCGUCCCCGGCUGUAGUGAGCACCUCCUACACGGCCGCCGCCGCUCCCGUGGCUUACAGUCAACCGAUUUUCAAAACAGCCGCUUUUACUGCGCCUGCGUUUGUUAAGACCGCCGCCAUCGCUGCCCCGGCUCUUAUCAAGACUGCAUCGUUUGCCGCUCCUGCCGCCAUCGCUGGACCUGCGUUCGCCACCACUGCUGUCACUGGACCUGCUGUGCCUCUAGAUACUCCCGAAGUGAUCGCGGCGCGCGCCGCUCACUUCGAAGCUAAGGCCUUCGCUGACUCGCACUUCAUUAAGAAGCGCUCAGCUGUCCUGGCUACCGCCCCCAUUGUAUCUACGUACGCCGCCUCCCCCCUGAUAUCGACAUACGCCGCCCCCCUCACAUACUCGGCGCCCAUCUACUCGACCCCCAUUAUCACCCGAGGAGCGGCGCUCAGCGUGCACCCAUGGUGAGCACCACCACGAAAACGAGGAGCAAGGCUCCUCAGUUCAGAAUU